GACCUGUGGGUUAGGGACGGAAAGAUCGUAAACCCGGAACCGAUUUACUAUUUGGAGCGACGAUUGGCCGACAUCUCCAUCGACUGCAAGGGACAGCUCAUCGCUCCGGGAUAUAUCGACCUCCAGAUCAAUGGCCAUUUUGGGUACGACUUCUCCAACUGCGAGAUCGACAUCUCGGAGGCCAUACAAAAGACGGCGUCCGGACUCGUCCGACACGGCGUCACCGCCUUCUGUCCGACACUCGUGACGCAAUCGGCCGAGAGUUACCACAAAAUACUGCCGCAAAUCAAGCGCACCGCCGGCAGCAAAGCGUACGGCGCCGCCAAUCUGGGCGCCCACGUGGAGGGCCCCUUCAUAAGUCCCCACAAAAAGGGUGCCCACCCUAUAGAGUUCAUCAAAGCCAUCGACUCGAUGGACACAAUACGGCAAACGUACGGCUCGUUAGAGGACGUGUCGAUCAUAACGCUGGCGCCGGAGUUGGACCCCACGGGCCGUCACGUGCGACAACUGGUGAGCGCCGGCGUCACGGUAUCCGUGGGCCACUCGAUGGCUACCCUGCAGGAGGGCGAGCGGGCGGUGCGCGCGGGCGCCACGUUCAUCACGCACCUGUUCAACGCGAUGCUACCGUUCCAUCACCGGGACCCGGGGCUGGUAGGUCUGCUCACGUCGUCCGCGGUCGACAAACAAGUGUUUUACGGCAUUAUCGCCGACGGCAUACACACCCACUACGCGGCCCUCAAGAUAGCGUUCCGCUCGAACCCCACGGGAAUGGUGUUGGUGUCGGACGCCAUAUCCGCCGCCGGACUGCCGUCCGGUAAGCAUAAGUUCGGCGUCCAAGAGAUCGAGAUCACGGGGAACAAGGCCUACAUCGCCGGCACCGACACCCUGUGCGGCUCCAUAAUGGCGCUCGACUACUGCGUCCGACACCUGAAACAAGUGACCGGCUGUACGACCGUCGAGGCGCUCGAGUGCGCGACACUACACCCCUCGCAAGUGUUGGGCAUUUCGCACCGGAAGGGAACGUUAGCGUUCGGCGGCGACGCCGACUUCAACAUAUUAGACCCGGAGCUCAACGUUUUGGCCACUUUUAUAUCGGGCACCUGUGUUUCCCGUAACGACAGCGCACUGGACGUCGACGCGUUGGACGUAUAG